CGACAAUUCUCUAAAUCUCGGAUCUGCUUUAACUUCAUAAUUUCUUGAUUCACUUAUGGUGAUAUAUAAUUUGUUUGUAUUUGUGAUAAUUAUGAAUUAAAAGACCUUUAGGAUCAAUUCUUUAAUUCUCUCGAUGGGGAUUUUUCUCUAUAAAUAUAUUAUAAUUGAAAGUAAAAUUCCAUUCCCACUGUAUUGCUUUCUUGCAAGAUUCUUUCUUUAAAGCAAAUAAAUAAUCUCAAAAAAUCCUCUGGCUUUCUCUGUUCAAGUCUGCACCUCAGUUUGAAACAUGUCAGAUGAUGCUGAGUAUCGUUGCUUUAUUGGUGGCUUAUCAUGGUCAACAUCUGAUCGAGGUCUGAAAGAAGCAUUUGAGAAGUUUGGCCAUCUCCUUGAGGCGAAGGUCGUCAUUGACAAGGUCUCUGGCCGGUCCCGUGGCUUUGGGUUUGUCACUUUUGAUGAAAAGAAAGCGAUGGAAGAGGCCAUUGAAGCGAUGAAUGGGAUGGAUUUAGACGGUCGAAGCAUAACUGUAGACAAAGCUCAGCCUCACCAAGGUUCAGGUAGGGAUUAUGACAAUGAUCGCCCACAUGACCGUGACCGUGUCCGAGGACGUGAUCAUGAUCGCCCUCGUGAAUAUGGAGGUGGUAGGGGAUCUGGUGGUGGGGAGUGCUUCAGGUGUGGCAAGCCAGGGCAUUUUGCUCGGGAGUGUCCCAGUGAAGGUGGAAGGUAUGGAGGAAGGGAUGAUAGGUACAGCAGCAGUGGCGGCAGAGGUGGCAGCCGUUAUGGUCCUGACCGGAAUGGAGAUCGGUUUGAUGGCCGGAAUCGGGAUGCUGGUGGACGUAGUGGAGGUGACAGAUAUAGUCGUGAUCGUGCUGGGCCGUACGAUCGCCGAGGUUCUGGUGGAUUCAGAUCUGGCUGAAAACUUUGAGGUCCUGUGAAGGGAUGCCGUUAUGGAGUUAGGGCUGACAUGAUGUCUUCUCUUCUGGACAUGACAGCAAAAUGGAUCAGUCUUUUGAAAGUGUGAAACUUGGCUCUUAUAAUCUACUGUAUUUUGUUCCCUUGAAUGUUCUAUAUUUUGGUGUGUUACGGUCCUUUACUUGCUUGAUGUGCAAACGAAACCGAUCUUACACUCUAAUGCUAUUAUUGCCGCUGGUUGUCUGCUUCUUCCUUACACUGCCAUUACGUGCUGCUGGAUUCGUAUAUUUUCUCGCAUGGAACCUGUAUGUUGCAGUUUAUAUGGAGUUAAAUGGUACUGGGAAUGAUGGUCAAAUUGUGGAAUUGAUGAUUAUCAAAAUGGAGCCACAAUCAUGAAUGCUUGUGAAAUCGAAAUAUAGAGGCUGUAUUAGAAACCAUACCUGCUUUCAUGAUCUUCAAAACUCAGAUUUUUAAUCAUUAAACAGAGUGAACAACUGAACCGGGCUGCCUGGAUUUUAAAUGGCCUUUCUGGACACAUGAUGAUUGUCUUGCUUUUCCUAAUUGGCUACAUUUAAACAUAAUAAACUUGAAACAAAGCUUUUGGAUUGCGACACAUCCGUGCAAGUUGUUACAUCAUUAGUCACUCUUACUUUUGCAAGUUGCACUGAAGGAAGAGUUGUGUUUUUCCUAGUAAAAGGGGCAGGCACGGUAGAUAAUGCUCAAGAGUUCAGCAAUUGUUGUCUCCUCUUUUGUUCCGACCGGGUUCUGGGGAGAAUGGUUCUUGUUAUGUUUUUGUCUUGUCCUCUUUUUUGGUAGCUGAGAUCUGGAUAUAGUAUCGUACAUGUUUCAAGUUUGGUUGGCAAAUGAUGGAGAGUGCUGCCUAGGCUGAAUUUGAAGUGUCCCAGAACAAAAAAUAACUCUUUUGCCGAUCAGAGUUUUCUGUUUGUUAGUAUGUUUUUUUCACGAGUGGAUCUUGAUUUUUCUUUGAGGUGGAAGGGUCGACAUUUUUUGUCCUUUGGCUAACGUCUUUCAAUUGGGAAGCUGGUUCAAGAUCUGCUGUUGGCUGCAGCUCUCUUUCACUUCCAUUUCCCUCAAGGGCGGUUCGGGGCAGGGAGGUUGUUGAAGCUACAAUACCCGUUUGCCUGUUACUUUUACCACUAACAUGUUAAACAUAAUGCACCCACCACCCAGUGAAUAUUCUUAUCUCUGCUCAAUAUGUUUCUCAUUAAAUAUAUUUCCUUCAUAAGCCGUGGUUACCAGAUUUGAUAUUCUGCAAAUCUGUUAAUCACAUGGGGAUGUUUUGGUUUCUUUUAUAGAUGUUGAAUUCUUAGUUCCCUUUCAUAUUCAUAAUCUUAGACAUAAUAUUCCUUUUUGUCA